ACACGCUCACCUCCUACCUCACUGAUCGCAUAGACGCCUUCCAGCUUCCACAGGAAGCACAGACUAUUGGAGCAGAGAUCGCAGCUCACGAGGUGACAGUGGAAGAGAUGAGGAGAAGAAAUGUGGCCAACUUGCCUCCUAACACCGCUGAUGGCAAAGCUGGCCGUAGUGGGACAAUGCUGGAUCACCUACAGAGGAAACUGAGGGAGAUCUCCACAAAAUAUCAGCUUUUCCAGAAGCCUGCUAACUUUGAGCAGCGCAUGCUGGACUGUAAGAGGGUCCUGGAUGGUGCUAAAGCUGAGCUUCACAUCCUGGAUGUUAAAGAUGUGGAACCGGAAAAAAUUCAGUCUCAUCUUGCUGGUUGUCUGAAAUUGUACAAGUUGCUGAGUGAGGUGAAGCUGGAGGUGGAGACGGUGAUAAAAACAGGCCGCCAGAUUGUGCAGAAACAGCAGACAGAGAACCCCAAGGCCAUGGACGAGCAGCUUACUGCUCUUAAAUUGCUCUACAAUGAACUCGGGGCGCAGGUAACAGAGGGCAAACAGGACCUGGAAAAAGCUUUGUCUCUAUCCCAAAAGUUCCAGAAGGAAAGUGCUGUCCUGCAGGACUGGCUGAACACAAACGAGGCCGAGCUCCAGCAGAAAAAUGGCUGCGGAGACAUGCCAGCUGACAUCGACGCUGAGAUUGCAUGGGCUAAUGGUCUGCUGAAGGAGUCGGAGCGUCGGAAGGCGGAGCUAUCUGGCCUGACGGAGAUCAGCGCUGGUUUGCAGACUCUGGUGGAGGGAAGUGACGCUCAGCUGGAGGACAAACUCUGUAGUCUUAAUGAAGCCUGGGAACGUGUUCACACUUUGACUGAGGACUGGCUUAGCACUGUUCUUAGUCACCAGAAUGAGGUGGAAAUUUUGGAUGAAAACUUGGCUCACAUCAGCACCUGGCUCUACCAGACCCAGAUCCACCUGGAUGAGGCUGAACGGCUGGCUCCAGCAGAAAGAGAAAAAGUAAUAAAGAGCAUGCUGGAGGAGCUGGAGGAUAUCGGUCUGCGCGUGGACAACGUCAGGGAUCAAGCUGUCAUCCUGAUGACCAGCAGGGGGCCCGCAUGUCGAGAUGUGGUGGAGCCCAAACUGGCUGAGCUUAACUGCAACUUUGACAAAGUCUCCCAGCACAUAAAAACAGCCAAGAUGCUGACGAGUCUGGAGUCAGGCACUGCUGAGGUGAACCAGCAGGCCAUUCACAGUCAGGAGAUGCAAGUUGAAAGUCGGAGUCAGAGUCUCCCUGACCAGGCUGCAGUCCCAGGUGAAGUGAAGGACCUUCAGGCAGAGCUCCAGGACACACUGAAGGCUCUGCAGCAGCAUCAGCAUGACCCAGUAAACACCUUGGAUGAUGAUAAGAUGGAUGAGGAAAAAGCCAGUGUGGAGGACUUGCUGAGAAGAGGAGAAGAACUGCUGCAGCAAACUUCAGAUGAGGGCCAGAGGGAGGAGCUGAGACUUCUGUUGCUUCGGCUGCAAAGUCAAUACUCUGCUCACAGGGAGCUUAAGGUGCUGCAAAUCAGGCGAGCCGAAGUCUCCGUGCAAACGUCGUCUCCUCACACCUUCAGAGAGGAGACAGCUGAGUUUACAGCUGAGGAGAUGUCUGCAGUGGGGCGCAGCACUGCUCCUUCGCUGACUCCAUCUGACUACCUUUUAGACAUCAAUAAAGUUCUUCUCGCCAUGGCUGACAACGAGUUGCUGCUAAACUCCUCUGAGCUCAGCGGGGGCCUUUAUGAAGACUUUUCUAGCCAGGAAGACACACUGAGAAAUAUCAAAGACAAUCUGGAGCGUCUGAGCGAGCAGGUCACAGGGAUCCACGAGCGCCAGCCUGACGCCAUCCGGGACGCUUCGCCUGCUGAGGUGGCGCAAAUGGCAGACGCCCUGACACAGCUCAAUGCCGAGUGGGACCGCCUCAACCGCAUGUACAACCAGAGGAAAGGGAGUUUCGACCGUGCUGUAGAGGAGUGGGGGCAGUUUCACUGUGACUUGAAAGACAUCAGUCAGUGGCUGACUGACACAGAAAACCUGCUGUCUGAGAGCGUUAGCCCUGAUGGACAGCUGGACCUGGAAUCUGCACGACAAUACCAAGAGGAGUUGGAAGAAGGCAUUGCCAGUCAUAAGCCCGUCCUGGUUGGACUCAGCCACACUGGAGAGCAGAUAAUUGGCAAGCUCUCCUCUCCUGAUGGGCCCCUGCUUGAAGAGAAGCUGGAAACUCUGGGUCGGCGUUGGAGAGCGGUAAACCGCCAAGUCCUAGACAGACAGCGGAGGUUGGCUGGAGGGGAUCUGGCCCUGUCAGAGCUGGUGAGGAGGCGCGAGGAGCUCGCUGUGUGGCUCGAGCAGGCAGAAAACGCUGUUAGCUCCCUGCCUGUCACUGCCACUGACAGAAAUCUCAAAGAACUGAAGGCCCUUGCUGAGGAAAUGGAUUUACAGAACGAGCGUCUUGGCUGGCUUAACAAGCACGCUCCUCAGAUCCUGUCCAGUCCCAGUGUUAGCCCGCAGAACAGAGAACAGCAUGUUGCCAAACUCAGAGGCAUAAACCUCAACUGGAGCAAGGUGACCAAUGAGCUGUUGGACAAAGUGGGUGAAGUGGAGAGCAACCUGCAAAGUCACGCCCAGUUUCAAGACAGGAUGAACAGACUGACUGACUGGGCCGUCAUCACGCACCAGACGGUCAUGACCCGCGGCCUGAAUCCUGGCCAGGCACUGGAUCUGGAGGCUUCCAUGAAGGACAGAAAGAAGGAGCUGGAGGACCUGUUAGCUCAUUCAAUAGAGCUGCAGAGACGACAGCAGCUGUUGCCUCAAGAAAAGGCUAAGGUUGAGCAGCUGGCAGCUGACUGGAAAGCCUUGGAUGGCCGGCUGAGGGAAUCUCUUGAGCCACCUCUGUCUCCAUGGACACAUCACCAACAUGUAGUCCAACACCAGCAGCUGGUGUCUGCCGUCCCUUCAGCCGUGCAGAUGGCCAGCUUGGUGAGCGAGGACCCACACCACCAAACCCCGCACACACCGGACACCGUGGCGCCCACUGAUCUUAACGAGACUGCCACUGAGCUUGCAGACUGGCUAGUCCUCAUCACCCAGAUGCUCAAGUCUAAUAUUGUCACCGUGGGGGACGCGCAGGAGAUCAGGACCACUAUGGGACGUCUUCAGGUGACAAAGAAUGACCUGGAGCAGCGUCACCCUCAGCUAGAGGACAUUUUCACACUGGCGCAGAACAUCAAAAACAAAACCUCCAACCUUGAUGUUCGCACAUCCAUUACUGAGAAAUUGGAGAAGGUGCGCAGCCAGUGGGACAGCACUCAGCAUGGUGUCGAGGCACGGCUCCAGCAGCUGGAUAAUAUGAUUGGUCACAGCAACCAGUGGGAGGAGCAGAGGAAGGAGGUGAUGGGCCUUAUUGGGCACCACGAAGGAUGUUUCCAUAACCUUCUUCAGCGUCAGUCCAGAGAUCCCCUGACUGAACAGCUUAAAGACAAUAAGGAGUUUCUCCAAGCUCUGGGCCGAGGCCAAGCUACAGUCGCAGCCUUCAACGAGUUGUCCAAUCACCUUUUACGAGAGUAUUCUACCGAUGACACCAGGAGGAUCAAAGAGGUCGCAGAUAAACACAAUGCUGCCUGGAACAGCCUCAACAAUAGGGCCAAUGACCGUCACACGCAGCUGGACAGUGACCUGAAGGGCGUGCAAGUGUCUCUCAGGGAGCUCGAGUCCUUCCUCAAAUGGCUCCAGGAGGCUGAGACUACGGUCAACGUUCUCGCCGAUGCCUCCCAGAGGGAAGGUGUGUCGCAGGACUCCGCCCACGCGAAGGAGCUGAGGCGACAACUGGAGGACAUCCAGGCUGAGAUCGAUGCCCACAAUGACAUCUACAAGAGCGUCGACGGGAACAAGUCGAAGAUGGUUAAAGCGCUGGGCAGCUCAGAGGAGGCCGUGUUCCUCCAGCACAGGCUGGAUGACAUGAAUCAACGAUGGAGCGACCUGAAGACCAAAUCUGCCAACAUCAGAGCACAUCUGGAGGUGAGUGCUGAGCGCUGGUCUCGACUGCUGGGCCUUUUGGAGGAGCUGUGGAGGUGGAUCUGCAUGAAGGAUGAGGAGCUGGCGAAACAGAUGCCCAUCGGAGGAGAUGUGCCCACUCUGCUGCAGCAGCAGAAUCACUGCACGGCGCUACGGUCAGAACUGAAGGAGCGCGAGCACUUGGUAAUCAGCACUUUGGACCAGGCGAGGACGUUUCUUGCUGAUCAGCCCAUUGAGGGUCCUGGAGAGCCACGCAAGAACCUGCAGCCAAAGACUGAUCUCACACCAGAGGAGAAGGCCCGAGGGUUGGCCCGGGCUAUCCGAAAGCAAUCUGGUGAAGUGAGGGAGCGGUGGGAGCGUCUGAAAGGGCACGUGGGCGGUUGGCAGAGUCAGGUGGAGCGAGCCUUGGAGCGACUCCAGGAGCUGCAGAGCUCCAUGGACCAGCUUGACCUGCGGCUGACUCGGGCAGAGGAGGCCAAAGCUACCUGGCAGCCUGUGGGCGAUCUGUUGAUCGACUCUCUGCAGGAUCACAUCGAUAGAACCACGGCCUUCAGAGAGGAGAUUGCCCCGUUGCGUCAGGACGUUCGAAUUGUCAAUGAGCUUUCUGCUGAGCUGACACCAUUGGACAUUCAGCUGUCAUCCACAGCCUCGAGACAGCUGGACCAGCUCAACAUGAGGUGGAAACUUUUGCAGGUGGCAGUGGAUGACAGACUGAAGCUCCUUCAAGAAGCCCACAGAGACUUUGGCCCCUCCUCCCAACAUUUCCUCUCCACAUCUGUACAGCUCCCCUGGCAACGUGCAGUUUCUCAGAAUAAGGUUCCUUAUUACAUCAAUCAUCAGACACAAACGACGUGCUGGGACCAUCCAAAGAUGACAGAGCUCUACCAAUCACUAGCGGACUUGAACAAUGUGAGAUUCUCAGCAUACCGAACAGCCAUGAAGAUUCGCAGACUACAGAAAGCACUGUGCUUGGACUUGCUGGACCUCAGCGUUGCCCAGAACACCUUUGAGCAGCAUAAACUCACCAAUAACAAUCAGCUGCUUACCGUUCCCGACGUCAUCAACUGCCUAACCUCUAUCUACGACGGCCUGGAACAGGAGCACAAAGACCUGGUUAACGUGCCUCUCUGCGUUGACAUGUGUCUCAACUGGCUGCUUAAUGUUUACGACACUGGUCGCAGUGGGAAGAUCCGGGUACUGUCUAUGAAGAUCGGCCUGCUCUCUCUCUCCAAGGGACACCUGGAGGAGAAAUACAAAUACCUCUUCAGCCAGGUGGGGUCAGCAGGUGACACGUGCGACCAGCGGCAGCUUGGACUGCUGCUUCAUGAAGCCAUCCAGAUCCCAAGACAGCUGGGCGAGGUGGCUGCCUUUGGAGGCUCCAACAUUGAACCCAGUGUUCGCAGCUGCUUCCAGCAUGUAAACAAUAAGGUGGAGCUAAAGCCCAGAGAGUUCAUUGACUGGAUGCGUCUGGAGCCUCAGUCCAUGGUUUGGCUUCCUGUCCUGCACAGAGUGGCUGCUGCAGAAACGGCGAAACAUCAGGCCAAGUGUAACAUCUGCAAGGAGUGUCCUAUUGUUGGCUUCAGGUAUCGCAGUCUGAAGCAUUUCAACUACGACGUGUGUCAGAGCUGCUUCUUUUCUGGGCGCACCGCCAAGGGUCACAAGCUUAACUACCCAAUGGUGGAGUACUGCACACCGACGACAUCAGGUGAGGACAUGCGUGAUUUCACCAAAGUGCUGAAGAACAAAUUCCGAUCUAAGAAGUACUUCGCCAAACAUCCACGGCUAGGUUACCUACCAGUACAGACGGUUUUAGAGGGCGACAACAUGGAAACGCUGUCCCAGUCACCUCAGCUCUCUCAUGACGACACCCAUUCCAGGAUAGGGCACUAUGCCAGCAGGUUGGCUCAGAUGGAACGCUCCAACGGCUCUCUACCCACAGACAGCAGCUCAGCCACAGGAAGCAUGGAUGAUGAGCAUGCCCUGAUCCUGCAGUACUGCCAAACACUGGGGGGGGAGGCCUCUCCUUGCAGCCAGCCUCAGAGUCCUGCCCAAAUCUUACAGGCUGUGGAGAAGGAAGAGCGCGGCGAAUUGGAAAAGAUCAUAGCGCGUCUGGAGGAGGAGCAGAGGACACUGCAGAGGGAGUAUGAGCAACUUAAGGAGCAACAUGGACAGCGAGGCACGCCUACAGGAAGCCCCUGGGAGACGGAGGGCCCCUCGGCCCACCCCGAUGAGGCAGAUCUUUUAGCUGAAGCCAGGCUGCUACGACAACACAAAGGCCGGCUGGAGACCCGCAUGCACAUCUUGGAGGAACACAACAAACAGCUGGAAUCUCAGCUUCAUCGCCUCCGACAGCUACUGCACCAGCCCGAUGUGGACUCGAGGGUAAAUGGAUUGUCCUCCCCCAUCGUGCAAGAUCGAGGGCCACUUACUGAAAACUCAGAUGAGCUGUUGGACUCCCAUAACAGCAGCUCUGACCUGGCAGAUGUAAUGGAGCAGAUUAACAACUCCUUCCCUGCAUGCAGUCCCUCAAGCCUCUCCUCGAGACCACAGAUGAUGUGAGGACUGACUGGAGGAUGGAGAGACCAUUCCCACACAAACAAAAUCCCCUGCCCCUAAAUCCCAAAGACGCACAGGAGCAGACAACUUAACUACUUUUACCACCUUGUCUUGUACUAUGCAAACUGUAUAUUUUAUGAACUGUAGAUUGUACCGAAUUGAACAUUUGUCAGUGAUUUAUUUAGGUAUGCAGAUGAGUAUAUGGACACGGGGCUUUGUAUAGAUUUUUUUGUUUUGUUUUUCAGAGGGUGGUUGGGAUUUUGUUUGAAUUCUGUUGACUUAACUGGGAAUCAAACUGUUCCAUUUUUAUUUGUCAUUCCACUGCUUUGUACCAUCGAGCCCCGAAUAGCCCCAGACUUUUGUUAAAUGCUUGGGGAGCGCACACACUGCUCCCGGUGGCUGAAAGGAUCGUUUCCAAAAUGUAAACUAUCACCUCUCGGAUCACCUGGUUUGUUUUCCUAUCUAUCUCGUAGCAUGCUUGAUGUCAAGUUCCCCUUUAAAAAGCAUCGAUAUGCCGGCAGACUUUGUCUCAGCUGCGAUUUUGUUAAAGUAAACUUUUACCCCUUCUGUGCCUACAAAGUUUGUCGUUCCACACGUGGAAGACGGAGGUGAGAGUCGAUGUAUUAUUGUGGGAUUGUGUAAAAAUGGUUUUGGAAGUUACAGAUUUAAAUCUAAAGUUGUUUUGAAUCUGGGUUUAUGAAAGGCCCGCCGUUAUCAUGUAGAAUAGGUUUGGUUUGUUUUUUUAAAAGAGAUAUAUGUUCAGAAAUCAGAGGAAAGCCAUGAUUGCCUUGCUACCUCAGACUCAUAGACACAGUUUUGUUUUUGUGGUUCGUAAACUCGUCAAACAGUUGUGUGUUCAUUUACAACCAUGAGCAACCUGGUAUAGAUUUCUAAGCUUUAGCUCACUGUAUUGGUGUACACUGCAAUGAGGAGUUACCAAGUUUAAAAAAAGGAAAAAAAACAAGUUACUAUUACUGUACCACGAUGGGUCUGUGGCCUGCUGAAGCUAGCCUCCCGUUAUGAUGAGUAGUAUUUUAUCUGUUGCUGGGUUGUUUUGGGGGGGUUUUCCACUGGCCUUCUAGCACUGGUCCCUCACUGCGUCGUGUUGUUGUGCUAUAUGCUACCCUGUAAAACUUGUGAGAUUGAACAACACUACUAUAACCUCUGACUGUAAACUGAUGGUGAUGAUGAUUUUAAUGAUCAUGAUGAACCGUACCAUGGCAGAACUGUGUCGCUUCUCCUGAGGUAUGUAAAAUAGAUGGACCACACUACAUGUAAUAUGGCUACGUUGUUUUAUUCAAAAUAAAAUUUUUAUAACAAGUA